ACUACCAAGUAUUCCCAAACCAACCAUUUCGAACAUGACGAACCAUUAGUUUCAGUCGACGAAAAAAGUAUUUGUAGUUAGCUUAUGGCUCUGCAAUGUGUCAUAAAGCCCAAAAUGUGGUUGGGUCUUAAGCAGAUCCUACUCUACGUGGGCCUCCUGCUCUGUGUGGUCCUUCAGGUCUGCAGGAGCAAAGCCCAACAGCAGAUGUUCUGCCCCACUGUUUGCCACUGCGAUCUGCAUGCCCAGCGAAAUCGAGCGAUAUGCAGUGCCAAGCGUUUGAUAAGCGCCAAUAUAGAAAUGCCCAAAACGGUCGAGCUAUUGGACCUGAGCUACAAUGAUAUAACCUCUAUAGAUGAUGACUCCUUUGAGUCCACAAUCCACCUGCUAAACCUCACGCUGGCCCACAAUGCCAUCCACACAAUUUACGGUGAUGCCUUUUCGGAGUUGAGCAGACUUCGCUACCUUGAUCUUUCGUACAAUCGCCUGGAGCAGAUCGAUGAGCAUAUCCUAGAGUCCAAUGACCAACUGAUACAUCUCAAUCUGGAGGGCAAUAAGUUGUCCACCCUGGGUAAAGGACCUAUUUUGAGGAGUCCAUCGCUUCGCUCACUCAACCUGCGCAACUCGCAGGUAAAUCAGCUGGGGAACCAGCUAUUGAGUGCUCUACCCCAACUGCGUCAGCUGGAUUUGGCCCAGAACCUUCUGUUGACUCUGAGUCCAGGUGAUUUCCAUGCCCCGCGGUAUUUGGCCUCCCUGAAUGUGGAGGAAAAUCCGUUCAAUUGUGAUCGAGCUUUGGCCAAAGUAGCCACCGGAUUAAGACAACGUGGAGUGGCUAUUUUCAUGAGCGAUUGCGUGGAGGAAGAGGAGGAGGUGCAGGUUCAGCAGGAUGAGGUGGAAGUCCAGGAGGUUGCUAAGAUGAAGUUCGAACGCAUGGAACACGUAGAACUCAGCACCCAAGGACCUCAGUCCGUGUUGUCCAUCUGGAGGGAGUUGGACUCUAGUGAGGAGCAGGACAGCGAUGAGGACGACGACCAGAUGUCAUCACUGAGCGAUGUUUGCGAGGGAAGUCGUGAGAAACUCUGCAUGAGAUACCGCACCUGCUUGGAGCGGGUUAGCCAUGAACUCCUGGCUGGUGGACACUCCCAGCUGGAAGAUGAAAUCAUACGCACGCAUUCCUACGACGAGGAUGACCUCAAGCUGGCCUUUGUGGUGGGCGGGGCCACGGGUGUCUGCAUGGUCAUCUUCAUCAUCACCUGCGCCCUGUGCCUCAAGAGCUGCUGUGAGAUGAGGAAAAAGAAAAGCAACACGGAAGUAGUCGAUGGGGAUUCAGCACCUCUAGAUCCCUCGCAGGAGAGCCUGCCCACCAUCCACACCUGGUCACCGCAGCGCACUCGCAAUCCCCGACGCUCCAAUCCUCAGCGUCCUCGGAGCACUUCAUCGCGUGCCGUGGUUCGCCAGCCCUACGGACCGCAGGACAAUUUCGUGUCCCGGCUUUUUGGGCGUCCGGCCCGCAGUCAGUACUACCGGACCAUCAAUCAGAACACGGCAACCCUCAUCCGGCGCCUCAGUCGGAGUAACCUGUUCAGCAGUCGGGAUCGGGAGCCCAGUUCUCCCACCACGCCGCCAACUUCUACAGCCAGAUUCUAUACGGAUGUGGUCGAAAAUGGUGCGGCGAGACCGGAGACACCGCCUCCAAAAUAUGGGGAUGUGGUGGUCAUCGAGAAUUGUGAUAACAAGUAAGGGAAACUCCUUUCUUGGAAAAGCUAACAUUCGAUUUAGCUAAUAAAUAAUCUAAGAUAUCGCUCUUCUCGUCCUUACCUCAUUUACAAAGUCCUGUAUAAGAUAAUCAACAAACAACCACUACUUCAAAUAAUUGUAAUCAAUUUAAAAGACAAAAUAUACGUACUCAAUAGUUUACCAGCACUAA